UGUGGGUAUUACCGGUGACAAGAAGACGGACAACGUGGUCGGGAAUGACCAAAAUAUUGUCUAGCUGUCAUCUAUCAGUGCCGCAGAAAUGGACAUCAAACCGGAGCCACAGAAACGUUACAUCUGCUCCUUUCCUGAGUGCUCGGCUGCUUAUAACAAACAGUGGAAACUAGACGCUCACCUCUGUAAACAUACAGGAGUGAAGCCUUACACAUGUGAGCAUGCUGGCUGUGGUAAGUCAUUCUGUAGCCCUUAUCACUUAGCCCGUCAUGAUCUCACUCACAGCGGUGUAAAGCCUUUUAAAUGCUCCUUUGAUGACUGUAAGGAGGCUUUCACCACCAACACUAACCUGAACAGACACGUGACCCGGGCUCACAGCCAGGAACAGAAGAAGUAUGUCUGCAGAUAUGAGGGCUGUGGCCUCGAGUUCAAGAAGAACAAACAGCUGAAGUCUCAUAUAUGUGAGCAGCACACCCAGCUGCCUCCGUACCAGUGCACCUAUGAAGGAUGUCUGAUGAGGUUCACCUUCCCCAGCAAGCUGAAGAGACAUGAGAAGGUGCAUAGAGGAUACCCCUGCAAAGAGCAGAGCUGCAGCUUCACAGGAAAGACCUGGACGGAUUACCAGAAGCACAGAAAGGAGCAGCACAGACUCACUCUGAGGUGUGACCACUGCAACAAAGAGUUCAGAGACUCGUGGUUCCUGCAGCAGCACCAGCACGUCCACUCUGAUGUCAGGGUGGUCCUAAAGUGUCCCAGAAACGGCUGUCAGAGGUCUUUCACCACAGCCUUCAACCUGCAGAGCCACAUCCGCUCCUUUCACGAGGAGCUGCGGCCCUUCACCUGCACCCAACCGGGCUGUGGGAAGACCUUCGCCAUGAGGCAGAGCCUCCAGCGCCACAGCAUUGCCCACGACCCGCUAAAAAAGAAGAUGAAAAAUCCUAGGCCCAAAAGAUCUCUCUCCUCCAGGCUGAGCGGUUACAGUGAAACAAAGAGGGUGGUGCUGAAGAAGCACAGGGUCCCUGAAUCUGUCUCUGAGUCUGCUCAGAUUAAGACUGAUCCAGCUGGUCCUGUGGAGCUGGUGUCCCUCCUGCAGGACACAUCCCUGAUCUGCAGCCCGGCCGUGGGCACAAUCACGAAUCCUCUGACUCUGACAAUGUAGAGACAGAAGAAGGUGUUGACACCAGAACUAUGGGGACAUAAGGCACUUUAUAGAGCUCUGAUAAUGUAAUGUUAAAGUUAGUUGUUUGAGGUCUUCCUGUCAAAUACAUUUAUUCCACUGUUAUAAAGCCAUCACCUAUAAAUGUUUAUUUGGACUUUGGGGCUGUAACCUGAUUUACUAAAUUGUCAGAUUAAUAGAUUCAUAUUAAUCUGCAGUCUUUCUGAAAAGUGAAUUUCUGUUGUCGGGCGCUUAUUUUGACUUUCAGGAGGAUUAAAAUUCUCUCUUUGUGCCAUCUGUAUCAGAGAAUAUGAAUAUAUGCCUGUCUAUGACGAGAAGUAUUUAUGAAGAAAAUAUCAGGUAUAUUUGAUAUAAAACAACAGCAUUUAAAUAAAACC